CAAAACCGGCACAGUUUCCUGCAACGUUGAAUGAAGCGAGUCGAGCGUUUAAUUGCCAUUUUAGCCAGAAUUGGGAAAGGGAUUAUCUCGACGAUGUAUUCUUCUCGGAUGAAAAAUCGGAGCGAGGAAUCUCCUUAUCUAAAAGUGCUGGCCAAUCUCUAAAUUCAUCGGGUGAUUUCAAUGCCCGAGUCUACGUAAUUCACCGAAACAAUCGAAGAUUUCUAAACAGGGUGGCCUUAAUUGUCACGAAGAAGCUAGUCGAAACGCUGUUGGCAGAUGUACAAUUUUCGAUUCUGUUUUUCAUGGUAGUAUUCCUUUAAAUGUCUGACUAGAUACGUAAAUUCAUAACGAAUCGAGGCGCCAGUAAUCGUACGGAGCGGGAGUUCCAAGUCCCACUUCUCCUAUCAAACGAAACGUUUCUAUCAAUAGAAAAUGAAUUUGCUCGAAUGAUGCUAUUGGAACGUGAACCUUAACAGUCGCGAUACGAGAAGCGUGCGAAAUUACUGAGAAAUGAAGACCGCGAAUAAUUUGAACCAUUCGAUAGGACCGACCGAAAGAACGGCGUUGAGACCAAAAUUGGAAACGUUCGACGACGUUCUGCCAUACGUCGGUGAUUAUGGCAGAUACCAAUGGUUGCUUUUGUUAUCACUACUGCCUUACGGUACGACGUACGCGUUUCUUUAUUUUUCGCAACUUUUUAUAACCAUAAUACCCCCGGAACACUGGUGCAGGAUAGACGAACUGAUGACCUCGAAUUUUACCCAGGAGGAAAGGAUUCAAAUAGCGAUUCCACCAUCGAGCGAAUAUCCUUAUUACGAUCGGUGUCAUCGCAAGGACCUGAAUUUUGCUGAACUUCUGCAGACUGGCACGGAUCUACGUUCUUUGGAGUACAAGAGGAACAGAACCGUAGGAUGCACCGCCUGGGAAUAUAAUUUCACGCAAAUCCCGUACGCUACUGUGGGUACUGAGCUAGAUUGGGUAUGCGACCGAGAAUACCUCAUGUCAACGGCGCAGGCCAUCUUCUUCUGCGGUUCAAUUAUCGGUGGUUUCCUUAUCGGAUGGAUUGCAGACCACAAAGGACGUAUCCCUGCGUUAAUGGUCUGCAACGGCAUUGCCCUUGUUGGCUCUAUCGCAACGGCGAACUCGAAUAGCUUCUGGUCUUUCGCUGUGUGCAGGUUUAUCACUGGAUUGGCCUUCGACAACUGUAUAAACAUUCCGUUGAUAGUUGUGCUCGAGUACAUGGCCGUAUCGAAACGCACCUUGGUCGUCAAUGUCGCAUUCGGCUUAUAUUUCGCCGUGGCCAGCACCAUUCUACCUUGGCUGGCUUACUAUAUUUCUAAUUGGAGAUUGUUCACUUACGUCAGCGCUCUACCGUUUUUGUCUGUCUUCAUCACGCCAUGGAUACUUCCCGAGAGCGCCCGGUGGUAUGUUUCCAAUGGAAAAAUGGAGAAGGUUGUUCAGAAACUGCGAAGGAUAGCCAAGAUCAAUCGGAUGAAUCCAGAUCCACGUAUUUAUGACGUCUUCCUCGGGAAUAUAGAAACCUCGUCGAAACAACGGGAAACAGCGACGGUAUUCGACCUGUUCAGAACACCCCGCCUGGCACGGAACACCAUACUUCUGGCUCUGUUCUGGUGCUUCACCGUGAUAUCGUUCGACGGCCACGUUUAUUCGCUGAAGCUCAUCCCGAGUUCAGUGUUCGUGUCCUUUUCCCUCGCCUGUGCCACGGAACUACCAGCUGGCUUGUUGCUGGCCCUGGUGCUGGACAGGUGGGGCCGCAGAUUCUGCGGAUUUCUCACCUUGGCGAUUACUUGCGUCCUCAGCAUCGCCGAGCUCGUACUACAAUCCGUCGCUGCCAAGCUAGCGAUGUCAGUGAUGUCGCGAUUCUGUUUGAACAUGGCAGCCAAUAUCGGCCUCCAAUACGCGGCGGAACUGUUGCCGACGCCCGUCAGAUCGCAGGGUGUAUCGCUAAUUCAUAUCUUCGGUAUCAUCGCGCACACCUUGGCACCGUACAUAACAGUCUCGGCCGUAGUGUGGGAAGGAUUCCCAAUGCUGAUCAUUAGCACGGUUUCGUUCGCUGGCGCUGCCCUGGUCGUCUUCCUACCGGAAACGCUGGGCCAGUGUCUUCCUCACACCAUCAGUCAAGGAGAAGAGUUCGGGAAGGAUCAAAAUUUCUGGUCGUUACCUUGGAACAAGAAGUCGGAAUUCGAUCGGCAUUAUCAGUCUUGCGAACGAUAAUCGUAUCGUUGUACGAAUUUUAAUGGAGAACGCAAAGGAGUAAGAUGGCGCCCCAUUUAAAAGUAAAAUUUGCGACAUUGUAGUCGACGAACGGGCACCGAAUGUCGCUUAUAUUCCUACGUAAUUUUCAUUCAUCUUUUGUAUUUUAAGAAUUUAUCGUUUUAAUGCUGUUUCUACUCUGCGAUACGCGUAGUAAAAACGGCCGAUAGUUGUGUUCCUAUCCAGAUUGUAUUUUUAUCCUUAACUUUAAGAUCUUUUUUUUACUUUAACGCUGUUUUAUGAUACACGCGUCCAUGUGGCCAGAGAGUGGCGCAGCCUUAGUAAUCGACAUUUCACUCGAAUUAUGGUCGGUAGUUUGAACGGAGAUAAGAAUAGAUUUUUGCAGAAGAGGCUACUCCAUGGAUUUAAUGUUAGUUACGAAGAGGAAAUCUGUUCAUUGUUAUUCGUAAUCAUAUACCGUAAUGUUGUCGAUAUGAUUUCGAUCAUUUUUAUAUGGCGGAAAGCGAAUGUUCCUAAUUAGCGAACGAUUUUAAUCGUCAGUGACGGUUUUAGGUGACGACUGACUGCCAAAAAGUAAUGUUCGCGAUAGUAAAUAUAAAAAUCGUGGUUUCGAUUUCUGUUAGAAAAUAUAGGAAGACUCUUUGACGCUUCU